CAUCGCCUCCAUCUCUCUUCUUCAUUCCAUCCUUCCCACUACACCUCUUCUCGCCGCUCGCUGCCCGCUAACAACAGCAACACCAGUCCGUAUAUAAUACCCCCACGCUCUCUACCAUAGCCCGUAUCUCCAGCGCCGCUUGCCACCACCACCUCCCCUUCUCGACACCUCUUUACCCCUUCGACUACGAUGCUCUUCAAGCCCCUCGCCCUCUUCGCUGCCCUCGCGGCCCUCGCCGUCGCCCACCCCCAGCCCGCCGACAAGCGCCAGAACGCCGCCGUGCAGGUCAUUGAGAACUGCUCGGUCCAGGGCCAGGUCGCGCUCACCUUUGACGACGGACCCUACCUCUACGAGAUGGACGUUGUCAAGCAGCUCAACGGCGGCAAGGCCACCUUCUUCUUCAACGGUAACAACUACGACUGCAUCUACAACCACGUCGACACCGUCCGCACCCUCUACGCGCAGGGCCACACGCUCGCCUCGCACACCUGGUCGCACCCCGACCUCACCAAGCUCGACUACAACGGCAUCAACCAGGAGCUCGAGAAGCUCGAGACGGCCUUCAUCCGCAUUCUCGGCGUCAAGCCCCUCUACUUCCGCCCGCCUUUCGGCUCGUACAACAACCUCGUGCUCCAGGUGCUCCGUGACCGUGGUUACAAGAAGCUCUUCCUCUGGUCCGACGACACUGGAGAUGCCAACGGCGCCUCUGUGCAGUCGUCCAAGAACACGUACAACAGCAUCAAGUUCCCCGCCCCCCACAUGGUCCUCUCGCACUCGACUAUCCAGACGACCUCUACCCAGGUGCUCCCCUUCGCCGUCCCCAAGCUCCAGUGCCAGGGCUACUCUCUCCGCGCCGUCGACACCUGCCUCGGCUCCAACGGCGAGUGGCCUUACCAGUACAUUGGCCCCCCCGGCACCCCCGACGGCUCGUGGAAGUGCUAAACGCGCACUCGACGCGCACUUGGCAGGCAAGGGCGUCGCGACUGAUUUUUGGCGCCGUUCAAGUUGGUUCCGCUCCCAUUUGAAUCGCCGCCAUCGAUCAGUUUGACGGCAAUCGCAUCCCUGCCACCCUCCCUCCCCUCAGCUCUCCUACUCUCCUCCUCUGUCUGACGGACAAUGUCGCACAAACACCGCCGCCUAAACAGCCGUGGACUCUUCGCUAAUUAUGUUUCCCCCCCCCCCUGUACAUACUUGCAUCCCCGGCUCCUCCCUCCUCAACUUUACACGAACAAUUCAAUGGACAAUGCGUAGUCGAAAUGCAUAUACUGUUAAAUCAUCUGA